UUAGCUUGCUGGCAGCAGCUAUAACCCCCUCGUGCUGAUGUAAUCUCCAGGACUCUCCUCUGCCUCACUGCCGGUAUCCCUCCUCCUGUUACUCCUCUUUUCUAUUUUAUGCAUGACUGAGCAAGUCGAUGCUUAUCCUGGGAGGUGAGCGGACUGGUCGGCGCUCAUUUGGACGAGAUCAGAGGAGGGAGAAAGCAGUGCUUUCAAGGCCGGACUCCAUUCCCCGGGGAGAGGCGGAUUUGCUCUAUUGGGUAGCCGGCCUUUCCGCUGAUGCAUCAUAGCCAUAAAGGGAGUGGGCCAUGGAGGUAAAGUGCUCUUCCUCUCCUCCCGUCCCGGACAGCGAGGGGCUGAUGAACGGGGAAAUCUCCGGACGGGACAGUGACAGUACAAUUGACAAACAGCAGCACAGUAAAGACUCUGUGUUCUUCCGUGAUGGACUGCGCCGGAUCGAUUUUGUCCUGUCCUAUGUUGACGAUAAAGAUGGGGAGAGAAAGCAGGAGCGGAGGAAGGUGUACGAGGCCAAUUUAGUGAAAGUAGGUCUGGAGCUGGAGACAGAAGACAAAAUAGAGUCAGAGGAUGGGAAGACGUAUUUUGUGAAGAUCCACGCUCCGUGGGAGGUGUUGGCCACCUACGCCGACGUGCUGAAGAUCAAAGUUCCUUUCAAGGUCAACGACAUCCCAGACAACAGCGAGAUGCCCAUGAACUGGCUGUCCACGCCUUUUCGCCUGCCGGAGCACAUCAUGCAGCCCGAGCCGGACUACUUCACUGCCCCCUUCGACAAGAGCAAGGCCGACUUCUUCCUCAUCGACAACAAAGACACUUUCUUCCCUCCUUCAACACGCAACAGGAUCGUCUUCUACAUCUUGUCCCGCUGCUCCUACAUCAGGGAAGACUGCGGGGACCGAGACAAGAAGGGCAUCAAGAGGUUACUCAACAAUGGGACUUACACCGCAGCCUUCCCCCUGCAUGAUUCUCGAUACUGGACCAGAUCGAGAGAUGUAAACUGUGAUAGUGAGAGAUACAACCUCUACAAACACUGGGCCCGAUUUUUCUGUUUUUUCAAGGAGCAGCCGCUCAACCUCAUACGGAAAUAUUACGGGGAGAAGAUAGGCAUUUAUUUUGCAUGGCUGGGCUUCUACACCGAGAUGCUGCUGUUUGCGGCGGUAGUGGGGACGAUUUGUUUCGUCUACGGGUUUCUCACAUACGAUGACAACCAGUGGAGCAAAGAAAUAUGCAGUGAAGAAAUCGGAGGGAGUAUCGUCAUGUGUCCACUUUGUGACAAAAAGUGUGGCUACUGGAAACUCAACACAACAUGCAACUCAUCGUGGCAAUCACAUCUAUUUGACAAUGUUGCAACAGUGUUUUUUGCCAUUUUCAUGGGAAUAUGGGUGACGCUGUUCCUGGAGUUCUGGAAGCGGCGGCAGGCCCGUCUGGAGUACGAGUGGGAUCUGGUGGACUUUGAGGAGGAGCAGCAGCAGCUCCAGCUACGGCCCGAGUAUGAGACCAAGUGCACCAACCGCAAGCUGAACCGAAUCACUCAGGAAAUGGAGCCUUACUUACCCAUAACAAGCAAGUGUGCACGCUCAUGUCUGUCUGGAGCCACCGUCCUGUUGUGGAUCUCAUUGAUCAUUGCCUGCAUCAUUGGGGUCAUAGCGUACCGCCUGGCGGUGUACGCGGCCUUUGCUAGCAUCAUGAAGGACAAUCCCACCACCCAGCUGGAGGUGGUUGGCCCCUACAUCACGCCACAGCUCGCCACUUCCGUUACCGCCUCUUGUAUCAACUUUAUAAUCAUCAUGAUCCUCAACCUCAUGUACGAACGCGUUGCUGUCUGGAUCACUGAUAUGGAAAUUCCCAAGACCCACCUGGAGUAUGAAAACAAACUGACAGUGAAGAUGUUCCUCUUCCAGUUCGUCAAUUAUUACUCGUCCUGCUUCUACGUGGCUUUCUUCAAGGGCAAGUUCGUUGGCUAUCCCGGAAAUUACGCUUAUAUGUUCGGAAGCAAACUGAGGAACGAGGAGUGUGAUCCCGGCGGCUGUCUCAUCGAGUUGACCACUCAGCUGGUGAUAGUGAUGACGGGUAAACAGGUUUGGGGCAACAUCCAGGAAGCUCUGCUCCCGUGGAUGAGGAACUGGUGGGGCAGCAGGAGGGCACGAAGCCACCCAGAGAGUCUGUACAGCCGCUGGGAGCAGGACCACGACCUGCAGGCCUUCGGACAGCUGGGUCUCUUCUACGAAUAUUUGGAAAUGGUGAUCCAGUUUGGUUUCAUCACUCUCUUCGUGGCCUCCUUCCCCUUGGCUCCUCUGCUGGCACUCAUCAACAACAUCAUUGAAGUCCGAGUGGACUCCUGGAAACUCACCACUCAGUUCAGACGACCCGUAGCAGCCAAGGCUCACAGCAUUGGGGCCUGGGAGGAAAUUCUCAAUGGGAUGGCUGUGCUCUCCGUUGUCACAAAUGCAUUCAUCGUGGCGUUCACGUCCGAUAUGAUUCCUCGCCUCGUGUACAUGUACGCCUACCAGCCUCAGGGAGAGAUGAACAUGGAAGGCUACAUAAACAACAGCCUGUCUGUGUUCAACAUCUCGGAGAUCCCAGCAGAAAACAGACCAGACGACGAGGAGAAUCCAUCCUGGUUCAACAGCUCCAUCACCUCCUGCAGGUAUCGUGAUUACCGCUACCCUUCAGGACAUGAGAGGCAGUACUCCCACACCAUGCAGUUCUGGCACAUCUUAGCUGCCAAACUGGCUUUCAUUAUAAUCAUGGAGCAUGUCGUGUUCCUGGUUAAGUUCUUCGUGGCCUGGAUGAUCCCUGAUGUUCCGUCUGAUGUGAGGGCUCGGGUGAAGAGAGAACGCUACCUGGUCCAGGAAUACCUCCACAACUACGAGGUGGAGAAGCUAAAGAUCCAACUCAGCAAACAAAACAAUGAGGAGUGCACCUGCACGCCCAUGAUCUAUCCCUCUUUAUCCAAGCACGAGGUGCUGUCAGAGUGCCUCUAGCCCAGCGAGCUGCUGCUCAGUCAGCCCGGCUCAGUGAUGUAGCUCCCCCUGCUCGUAUAUUCUGAUGCUGACCAUCCAUUUACUGUACGUUCUGCGUGGUUUAGAACACGCAGAUGACCUGCGCUACAGAGCUAGAGGUUUACUCAGUGGACGUUCACACAGUGAAAGACCAAGUCUUCGUGCAUGCUGAAGCUUCCAGGCACUUAAAUUACAAUCUCUCCGUCAUGGCUGUGUAUGGCUGUUCACUUCCUGUGUUUGUAGUUACUGUGCUCAAGAUAAUCGCAAAAUGCUGUAAAGAGAAAACCUUAUACACUGUGUCGAAGUGAGACCGCUUACACUUGUUUAAAUGCAACACUAUUUAUUUGAAGUGCCACUAUGAGCAACCAAAGACUAGAAGCCCUACUUUGUCGUUCAUCUUCCAAUGUGGAGACUGGCAGUUUGCUUUUUCUUGGGAAUGUGUUUCCCUUGUUUGUACCAUGUAUGGUUAAGUUCAACACGCCUUAAAAUUGUUACUGCAGCACUGCAGCUGAGCUUUAUUUUUUUUUUCUCAGCAUAAAUUCAGCAAAAUUAGACCGAAUUCUUCUCCUCCCUCCCCUAAAUGUACACAUUUUACCGUUUCACCGUUUAAAUCCCAACCGUUUCUCCAAGCCAGAGCCUGACAUGUGAAGUAGCUUUUUAAAUAUGGAGAGAAAUCUCUGCUGCUGUUCCUACUGUAAGGACAGACCUGUGUCCUGCUAUGGCCAGUCGUUCAGCGGCAGCUGCAUGCUGACUGUUGACAGUGUGUCCUGCUCCUGCAGCUGAGAGGUGAAAGAGAGUGAAAAGAUCCCUUUUUAAUGUGCCUUUGUUUACCAACACAUCAGCGCUAAUGAAAGGCUGCUGCCCACCUGCUGAACUAUGUUUGCUCCAUUACGCAGAGCGCAUCAGCCAUCGCCUCGCUCGCUUCUGGUUUCCUCAGCUGCGUCUGCGUAGAAAUGGAAAGAUACACAUUGUGGUUUUUUUAGUCUUCUUCUUUUUUUUUAAAUUUUGCACAAAGCACUUGAUGAAACAUGAUUACCAAGAUGCAAAAACAUGUCAGAGCGGUCGUUGGCAUGACACUACGUAUUCACAAUCAGUGUUUUGAAGCAGCGUUAUGUGAGAAUCUUUGUUCUUUUAUAGAGAACAACAGACAAACUGCUGGAAAGAAGGAGCUCCCAGUUCUCAUUUUUAUAUUUAUGUUCAGUUAAAGUUGUCAAGAUGUAGUGUAUUUGUUUUGGGACUAUAUGAAGGACAUUUCACAAUUAUUAGAAAAGCCUGCAUAGAAAUAUGUGAGAAGUGUAUUUUAUUGAAGUUUUUGUAAGUAGCUGACAUGUUGUGCUGCAAAAUCUUUACACGAUGUAUUGGAAUAUAGAAAUCUAAAAUGCACCUCCCUACUCCAGUUUGCCUUCAGCUGACGUAGCUGCCUGUCGAUGCCUUAACACACAUGAUCGGUUACAUUUGCUGUUUUCUUUCCUUGAGCUUCUUUUCCAAUUCCCCCUGUGUAGGUUCUCUUCAGUUACACUUUAAUUACAAUAUCAUGGAUUCUAGUUCCUGAGGGGGAAAUUGAACCUGUUUACUAUAUGCGUUGACUCAUUAUGUUGUUACUAUUAUUAUUUUCAUUUUUGUAAUUGUCCUGUAUCACAUAUGUAACAAAGAAAAAUCUCCAAAAAUAAAAUGAUCUGUUCAACUUGA